AUGGGCUCCCCGCAUUUGUUGGAAUUAGGCAGCCGUUCGUCGGUAGAUGAGUCGAGCAGACCCCCUACUCCGGGAGGGGAAGAAGAGAUCGUGGAGCCGGAACAAGGAAACAUACUCUAUCACAUCAUCUCUCAGCUGAGGCCUGGGGCUGAUCUGAGCCGUGUUGUGCUUCCUACGUUUCUUCUGGAGCCUCGAUCAAUGUUGGAGAGAAUUACAAACUUCAUGGCCCAUCCCGAGACAUUAUUACCGAUGCCUGAGAUUGACGAUCCCCUCCAACGGUUCGUGUCCGUGGUUAAAUUCUACCUCAGUGGAUGGCACAUCAAACCUCCCGGUGUCAAGAAACCCCUUAAUCCUAUCCUGGGAGAAACAUUCACAGGCUACUGGGAAUAUCCCGAUGGCACCAAGGGCUAUUAUAUUGCUGAACAAACGUCACACCACCCACCCAAAUCCAGCUACUUUUUCAUGGCACCAGAGCAUAAUAUCAGAAUCGAUGGUACUUUAAAGCCGAGGAGCAGAUUCUUGGGCAAUUCCGCGGCAAGUAUGAUGGAGGGAAUCUCAUACAUGGAGUUCCUGAAUCGGGGAAAGGAGAAAGGCCAUGGCGAGCGAUAG